AUUUUGUGGGAGACAUCACACAUGCCCACUGCCCCUCUCUUCUUUCUCUUCCUCUCUCCACAUAUAUACAUAUAUAAAGAAAGUUGUCUGAAUAAGAAGCAUAUAGGCUUUAAAAUUCUCUCCUAAUUCAUUCACUUAACAGAAAUCUAUAGAUCCUAUAACAGAGUGUGUGAGAGACAGAGAAAGAGAGAGGGGUUGUGGUCCAUCAUGGCUGGUCUGCAAAGGUCUACAAUAUCGUUUAGGAGGCAAGGUUCAUCAGGGUUGGUAUGGGAUGACAAAGUAUUGUCAGGGGAGUUAGCUGAGAUGAAUAAGCAGAAAGAAGAAGGAACAGAAGAGCACAGGGAGUUGAGAACAAGCAGAAGUGUAAGGGCAGGGAAGACAAGAGUAGAUCACCACCAAUCGGAUGCAACGAAAUUGGAGCGUAGCCAGUCGGAGGGCAGCCGCCGGCGACGGCAACGGCAACGGCAAGGACAAGGGUACCGGACUGAAAAGGAGGUCUUACCUGUCGUAGACCCACCUUCUCCUAAAGUGUCCUUCUGUGGCUUCUGUACUGUCUUCAAAAAGCCAGAGCAGCAGAUUCGUAAUCAUCAUUCAUCACCUGGCCAGUAA